AUGCGCAGUCACACUUGGAUGUGCAGCAGGCCACCGUCCACGCCCGUGGUCGGAGACCCACAGUUGCAACACCUCGACCCUCAGCCCGCGGCGGCCCAGCACGUGGGGAGCCACGUGGUGCGCCGGGCCGAGGCCGCGCUACCGCCGCCAGCAAGCGGUUUUAUUCUACCCACGCCCCACCGGCCCCGGGGUUCGCCUUACCCGCGCUUCCCCAACGUGCGGAGCCGCUCCCGGCCCGCACCGCCCGCCCUGCCCCCGCCACGCGGUGUCCGCACCGCCGCCCGCUCCGGGCCGGCCGAGCAACACGCGCCGCCGCCGUACCGCGGCCGAGAGGCCGAGCGCCGCGCCCCGCGAGAGGCCGCUGCCGUGCGGCCCGGACGGAGAGCGGCGCGGGACGGUCCCCGCCCGACCAGGCCUCCCAUCCCCCAGAGCGGCGCAGGCUCCCCAGCGCCUCCCGCAGCCCGCCAGCGCCUGACUCACCGCCACCGCCCGGCCGUCCUGUGGUGUCUCGCGCCCUCUCGGCGCCCUCCGGCCCCGCUCCCCGCCCCGCCGCUCCGGGCCCGGCCGAACGAGGCCGGCGCCACUUUCCCGCGCACUAGGCCGGAGUGCGCCAGCGCCAUCAUCCCGCCGCCCUCCGCCGCCAUCCCUCGCUCCCGGCCCGGCGCCCGGCCCUCCCCACCCAGUACGGCGGAUACCUGCGGACUCCGAACCCCGCUGCGGCAGAAGCGCGCCCGCACGUCGCUAGGCCUCGCUGGCUGCCGGCCGUGCCCGCUGCUCCCGAGUCCCUUCUGGCUGCGCCACACGCGGCUUGCACACGGCCCCGCGCACUCUCCCCUAGAUCGCCCCGCCCGUCCCUACAACUCUGCACACGGCUCGCUAGAGUCCACCUCUCAGCCAAUGAGCGCGAAAACGCUUUUCCGGAUGGCCAAUCGGAGUUGAGAAUGUGGACGACCAAUCAUCGCUGCCGGAAGGCGAGAAGAAUCCCCCCUCCCCCUCCUGGCAGCUCCGCGCGCUCGGCUGCGUGCUGGGGGAGGGGGGGAGCGGCGGGUGCCGCUUUGACGGAAGCUGCGAGCUGGCGGGCGCUCCCGGUGUGCUGCAGGACGGCGUGGUGUAGUCGGGCUGCCGAUGGGCGCUGCGGCACCUCCCUGCCCCUCCCUGCCCCUCGCACUGUGACUCACCACCUAAGCAGCUCCGGGUUCCUCGCCGCGCCUCUCCCUUCCCCCAUCCCGAAGGCAGCGCCGCGCCACCCGGUGAUGCAGCAAAAAGCGGCGGCGGGACCGGGCCGCGCCUCGGGGAGCCUCGCACCGCGCUUGGACGUCCCCAGCCUGCCCGCCUGCCGGGGCCGCGUGGGGCUGCCUCGGCCCCCUCCCUGCUCCCGCUCGGUCCCGCUGCCCUCCGGCGGGCGCUCCGCACAACGGCUCGGAAGCGGGGCCGGGGGCUGAGCGGAACGGGGUCGGGGCGAGGCGGGCAGCGCGCGGAGCGGCGGCCGCCAUCUUGACGGGGCAGCGGGCGCGGGGCCGGCGGCAGCGCGACGAAAUGGUGGACGCGGCGCCGUGGCGCCCAGGGCUGCCGCUGCGCCCGGCGGUAAACGGGGACUGUGAUGGUUUCCACAUUGUAAGCGAAAGCUACGAGAGGGAUUUUCUUUGAAACGCUGAAUUAUUAAAACAAAUCUACUCAGA